GGUACAUACCUCCCGAUCAUACAUACCCGACUGAGACACCUAUAGCCAGGGAUGAACGUUGUCAUCGUCGGUGGUCACGGGAAGGUUGCGAUGCGUCUGGCACGGCUCCUGGUACCACAGGGUGACAUCAAGGUAGUCUCCGUCUUCCGCAACGGCUGGCAAGCCCAAGAUGUGGCCGCGACUGGAGCGUUGCCUGUGGUCCUUUCGUUGGAGGACGACCCUGUUGAAAAGUUCACGGCCACUUUUCAAGGCAAGGACAUUGUCUAUUUCUGUGCUGGUGCAGAGGGCAAAGGCGGAUUGGAGUGUUACAGGACGGUUGAUUAUGAGGGUGCGCUGAAGGUGUUCGACGCCAUCGAGCUCACCCGCAGCCCCAAACCGCGCCUGAUCAUGCUAUCUGCUAUCGACGUCCGAGACACAAAUAAGACUCCUGCGCACUACACCGAGAAGGACAUCCAGCAUUCGCAGCAGCUCUGGGAGUCGAUGGGGCAUUACCUGCAAGCUAAGUUCGACGCCGACAAGAACCUGUCGCAGCGCACAGCAUUCAAGUGGACGAUGCUUCGCCCAGGAUGUCUGACGAGCUCCCGCGGUACCGGCCGUGCCUCCGUCGGGAAAGCGCCGCUGGGAACGACAAUCUCCCGCGACGACGUCGCGUUAACACUAGCGUUGCUUGCGGACAGGCCAGAUGCUGACGGUAUUGGCAUUGAUUUGAACGGAGGAGAUGAAAAAAUAGGCGAAGCUCUCAAUAGUUUUAUCGAAACGGGCGAGAGCGAUUUCCACGUUUGCUGAAACUGCCAGUUAAAAAGAUCUUUAAUUGUU